UGUCAUUAUUACUUACGUUAAUCUGCUUCUAUUAUAUAUGCACAUACACAAAAUUAUAAAGCGUACUCACCUUCCGACCACCCUCCGGCGAGUUCCGAUUACCCGGCGCCGUGAAUCUUGUUGUUUAAUCACCCACCGACCCAAGUCCGGUAAUUGGGGGCAAGAUGAGUCAGGUGUUUGAGGGAUAUGAGAGGCAAUACUGUGAAAUUUCUUCGAGUUUAUCGCGAAAGUGUACCUCUGCUGCGGUCCUCCAGGGAGAGCAGAAAAAGCAGAAAGUUUCUGAGAUAAAAGCUGGAUUGGAUGAUGCUGAGUCUUUGAUUCAUAAGAUGGACCUUGAAGCUAGGAGUUUGCCACCAAGUGUAAAGGCUAUGCUUCUUGCCAAGUUACGUGAAUAUAAGAAUGAUCUCAAUAAUCUUAAAAGUGGAGUCAAACAGAUCACAUCAGCCAAUGCCACUCAGGCACGAGAUCAACUCUUCGAAUCAGGAUUGACAGAUGCAAACAUGCAUUCUACUGAUCAAAGAGGAAGGUUACUAAUGUCAACCGAGAAAUUGAACCAUUCCAGCAGCAGAAUCCAGGAAAGCAGAAGAGCGAUGCUGGAAACUGAGGAACUUGGUGUUUCUAUCCUUCAUGAUUUGCACCAACAACGCCAGUCUCUCCUCCAUGCCAACAACACGCUUCAUGGGGUGGAUGACAACAUUGGCAGGAGCAAGAAGCUACUGACCUCAAUGUCAAGAAGGAUGAGCAGAAAUAAAUGGAUCAUCGGUUCCAUCAUUGUUGUGCUUGUACUUGCAAUCAUAUUGAUCCUUUAUUUCAAGCUGUCCCGUUAGCCUAUUCGGCUAGGCCGCUACUCAGACCCCAUUCCUGCAGAAUUUUACAUAGUGGAUGUGUGUACUAUUUUUGUAAAAUGCUUGCUCUCUUUCGCUAUUUUUCCCUGCCUUCCAUAUUCCCUCAGCGACUAAACUAACUUUGAUGCUUGUUUUGAAAUCCAUGUAUUUUGUUAUCGGAAAUGUGAUGACAGAUGAUGUAUCAGCACUUGGAAUUAGCAAAUGCCAAAUAUAGAUGCUGUGUGUAUUAAAGAA